AUGAUGGAAAUAAUUUAAAGGCUAAUAGAACAUUAUUUGGAUUUAAUGACUUCAUCUCCUAAAAUUCAGUUAGGUGAAUCACUAUUUUAAAGCGCUAUUUUCUUAUAAUUUAUUUUGAGACUCCAUUUUAUAUUUCCAUUAGAUGGAUGGAGUAUAUGGAAAUAUGAAGAUUAUAAAUUACAUGUUCCUUAUGUCAUAUUGUCUGUUUUAUAUCAAGAGAUAUCAGAUAAGCUUAAAAUAAUUCUCAUAAUACUUAAUGUUACAAUCUUUAUUCUCAGCUUUUUCAAAUUUCAAUUUGUUUUCUAUUACAAUAACCUAUUAUGGACUAUAUUUUAUAUACCUUAAGUAGUAAUGCUUUCAACUUCAUCAGAAAAUAUUGGAAUUUCAAUUUUUGGAAUCCUAUUUCUUUUUUUUAUUCUAGUAUUUAACAUCUAUUUUAAUCGUUCCACUAAAUUUAUUCAUAGUAAUCCAUUUGUUAGAAAAUUUACUUAAUUAACGAUCCUCAGUAUUGCAUUAGAUACAAUUUGUUAUAUAGAUUUUGAGUUUCACAUGUUGUAAAUGAUUUUAUUACAUAUAUAGGGGAUUAUUCUUUGUUUAGAUAUCUUAAUUUUUAAACCUUAUAAAUUUUAAUUAAAUAAAUUAGUAUUUCGGUUUAAUUUUUUAUUUUACACUAUGGUUAUGAUUCAUACAUUAAUGCUAUUUAACAAAUCAGAAGAGAAUAUGUUUUAUUUUUCUAUCCUAAUUGGUACUUUAGCAUAUGCUCUUUCAUAUCAAAUCUAUGAUAGAAAAGCUGAUAUGGAUUCACAAAAUUAAUUUGCACUCUUAAUUUAGUGUUAAGGAUUUUAUUAAUCAUAGGAUAUUUAAUAAUAUAUAUAUUUGAAAUAACAUUAAACUAAUUGUAAACUAUAUUUAAAGGAUUCAAAUAAGAAUGAAAUAUUGAUUUGUUAUUUAGAAUAUAACAUAUCAAAUAACAAAAAGUAGAAAAUAGAUUAUGAAAUUUUAGAGUUAGCUUUAAUUCACUUUUUAAGUAUUCAUAAGGCUCCAUUAACAGCCCUUUGUAGAUUAAUAUAAUAUUAUAACAUUCCUUAAGAUCAUUCAUUAUUUUUUAAAAUAACUUUUCCAAGUUAACAUAAAUAAUUGUGGAAUUCAGUUAGGAAAGUAUAAGAAGGAAUAAAUUAACUUUUAAAAGCAGGUUAAUAUUUAGAUAAUCGUAUUUUAUCUACAAAAGAUGUAUAUGAGGCAGUGAAAAUAAGAGAAACAUUAAUGCCUUUGAUUUUAAGCACUUUGGAUUAUAAAAUAAAUUACUGGAAAUAAUUAAACUCUUUGAUAACAAAUUUAAAGAAACUUUUUUAGACAACAUGUUUAAUGAGUCAGAAAUUAUUGGAAUGUAAAUUUUUACUUCAAAAAUUAUUCAACUGUGGUGAUAUUGAAUAAAUUGAAGAACCAAAAACAAUUUUAGAAGUUUUAAUUCUGAUUAUUUAUUAUGCAAUUAUAAUUAAUGAUUAUGAACAAGCAACAAAAAUGUAAAAAGUAAUGAAUGACAUUUUAAGAUCAGAAACUCUUAUUGAAGGUAAAUUACUUAAUGGUAACAUUAUUGAAAACAAAAUUUGUUUGCUUUACACUAGUAUUGUUAAAUCACAAGGAUCAAUAAUUAAAUUAAAUGCAUCAUAAAUUGCAUAAUUUUGGGGAUAUGAAAAUGAAAUGGAUUUUAGAGAUAUUAAGCAUAUAAACUAAUUAAUGCCAGAAUUUUUAGCAUCAGUUCAUGAUCAAUAUCUAGAAAGAUUCAAAAAAUUAGGACACAGCAUAUUAUUUGGUAAAAGUAGAACAAUUUUCUUGAAAGGAAAAAGUAAUUUCUUUAUUCCUGCAGAUAUUACAAUUGAUAAUUUCUUUAUCAGUUAUGAUGAUUAUGUUAUUACAGCUGCAUUUUCUAAAACAAAAGAAAAAUGUCUGUUUAUGUUGUUUGAUCAUAAAGGUAAAAUUUUAGGAGUUAAUAAUCUUAUGUUCAAAUUAAUGUAAUCAAUAGAUAAAACUAUUACUUUAGAUCACCUUACAUCUGGUUAUGUUUUUCAAUUAAUUCCUAAAAUAUUUAAUUUAAUAAAUGCAUAUAAAAAUUCUUAAGAUGAUUCAAAUUAGGAUGAUAAAAUUAUAUUAAAAAUUGGAAAUCCUAUAAAAUAACAGUUCUCUAAAUUAAUGUAAAGUUCAAAGCAGAAAAAUAAGCAUUAAAUGUAUUAUGCAGGUUUAUGGACGACAUUUGAUACACCUGAAUAUCGUCAGGUAAAAUAAAAUUUAAAUCUGAAUUUUCAUGAUCCUGAAAAGCCAAACUGCGAUUUAUUUGAUUAAGAAUAUUAAUAAAAGAUGCAACUAUACAUUGAUCAAAAUCUUUAAACUUCAAAUUUUUAAAUUAAAUGCUACUUAGAAUAUUUAAUACUUGGAUACUAAAAAUCGAUUCCUUUGUUUACUUUAGAAAUAAAUGAUAUUAUUUUUUUACACUAUUAAGAAAAUGAUGAUACAUUGUCAUAAAAUAGUAUUCAAAAUAUUGAAUUGUCUAAUCUAAAUAAAUCUAGUCAUAUGAUGCUGAGCUCAAUUUAGGAUGAAAGCUUUUAAAAAGUAAAAAUUGAUGAUAAUGAGAAAUAAUAAUACCCAGAAAUAUCAUUAUUGAGAGGAAGAUAUGAUUAAUCUUAUUUUGACUAAAUGCAGGAAUCUUCAAGAUAAAUUUUAGCUCCAUUUUCUCAAAGAGCUACCUUUAAUUUAAUAAAACAUAAAAGUAUGAAUGAUGACUCUAGAUAUUUAGAAGAUGAAUUUAAAAUUAUUAAAUUAUAACAAGAAAUAGGAUAUGAAAAUUAAAAUUUACAAUUAUAAUACUUUAAAAAUAAAACUGUACUUGAUAAAUUACAAGAGCAAUAAUCAUCUAAUAAUAAUAAUGAAUAAUAAAUUGAUUAAAAAAAUGAAAUCCAAGCUGUAAACUCUGGUGGUUCGAUUGCAAGAACAUCAAAAAAUCAUCAUUUUGAAUUGUUAAAACUCAAAUCUAGAUCUUCAUCAAGACCUAUUUAAUUAAGUGUUAUCAUUUUAUUAGAUGUAUUUAUUAUCUUAAGCAUUAUCAUAUUUAAUAUUAUUAAUGGGAUAUUUAUAAGUAAACAAAAAGAUAAUGGAAAUAGAUAACUUCUUGAAAUGCAAGCUCCAUAUAUUUUUAAUGGAUUCUAUUGUGAAUUAACUUCUCAUGAUAUUCUUUAUAAAUUAUCUAAAGUAGAAGGAAUCUAAAUAAGUUAAAAUCUAUUGAACUCUAUUUAAUAAAGAUUUUUGAAGAUUAAUUAUUUGCAAAAUAUGUCAGAAUUUCAAAUUGUAUUUCAUUAAAUUGAAUAAUAAGAGUAUUCUUUAAAAUCCAAUAUAACAUUACAUUAUAUUGAUUAACCUGAUGAAUUAAAUUCAUCUUUCACACACUUUUAUACAAAAUUAGUUAUUUAUUUCAGGCUGUUGAUUGAAUAUUAUUAAGAUUCUGAUUUGUAAAAUUUUAAUGAUCACUUUUUUUAGCAAUCUCUUUUUCAAGUAUUAAAUUUAGAAAAUAGCACUUCAUUUUUUAGAACAUUGGUUAGAUCUUUAAUUGAUAAAUUUUAUGUUGAAUUAGAUUUAAAUGAUUAAUUAAUUUUAAAUUUAUUCAUCAUUUAAACUAUUCUAUAAUUUUGCCUAUUUAUCUCAUAAUUUUGGUUCUUCUUUGAUUUAUUAAAAACUCAUGUAAAAAUUCUACAAAUUAACUGUAGAUUAUAUGAAAAAGACAUAUAUAUAUAAACUCUUCUUUCAUCUAGAAUAUAGCAAUCAACUUUUAAUAUUUGUUCAAUUUCAAUAUUUUUGUUUGCUAUACUUUUUAUAAUUCUAAUUGUAAAUAUAGGAGGCUUUCUUUUUAAUUCUCAAAAAUAAAAAUAACUUAUGCCAUCUUAUAAAUUAGGUGCUGAAUUUCUUCAUUUCACCAUUUAAUUUGAUUCUAUUAUCACUCAUGCCAUUAGGAUUAAGAGUUAAAAUAUACUUUUGAGCUCUAACUUUUUAACUGAAUCUAUAUCCUAAAAAACAUUAUUAUUAUCUUAAAGUUAUUUCAAAUAAAAUCACUAUCAAAAUUUAACAACUUUUUAUUAUUCGGUAGAUACAUUUAAGCAUAACUAAAUUCAAAUCAUAUCAAAUUUAAUAAAUAAUCCAAAUAUUGAUUCAAAUAAUGCUGACAUUUUAAAUCAAUUGUUUUUUUAAGAUAUUUGUACACUCUUUUGCCCUAAUUCCACAGAUAUUAAAGAUAAUUGUACUUAUCUUUAUAAUAAAGGAAUUAUAGGAAUAUAUACAAAAACUUUAAAUUACAUAGUCAGUUCCUUUAAUAAUGAAUUAGAAAAUAAAAUACUGGAUACAGAUUUUUAAAAUACUCAAAAUUUACUAAAUUCAGCUGAUUUCAAUUAGAUGUUUGGUAGACAUUUUACUAAUGCUAAAUUAGCUUUUAAUCAAUUUGUUUAAAAAAAUUUAUAAUUAGCAUUUGAUUAAAUUGAAAAUAAUUUUAAUGAUACUUUAACUUAUUAUAUAAUAACUGGGCAUUUAACAUUAAUAGUAGUUGGAUUAGCAUUAAUAUAUUUUGUUAAAGUUCAAUAAAAAUAAAUUAAUUUAAUUAGAUUGUCUUUAACAAUCCUCCCAGUGGAAUUAAUUGAUUAAUAAGCUAUUAAUAUUCUUCAUUAAUUAUGA